CGAGCAGUGAUCUUAGAUCAACAGACCCGCAGCGCCGAUCCACCGCCGUGGUGCAUUCCCUCAAUCGACCACCUGGCCCUCGAUCGCUUGCAUGAACUCCCAGCAGAGCAGUACCAGCGACCUGGACAUCCAAACUGGUGCCCAGGACCGCAGUCUAGCCGCCGACACCAGAACCACCGCUGCCAACGCAACCAACCAGCCCGAACCCGAACCCGAGCCCGAGCCCGAGGUCCUCAUUGUUGGCGGCCUCAAGCUUUUCGUCUUUGGCUUGGAUCAGCUCCGGGCCAAGCAUCGGGUCGGCGACUUUCCGUCCGUGAGCGUCUGUUUCUUUGCUCAUGGUCGCAAAUCCUCCCCAAACAAAUACUUCAAGUUCUGCAUGCGACUAUGCCAGGACCCCUUCGGCAGCAACAAUAGCCACAGCGCCGAGUCAGGUCGCCAGAGUGGCAACCACCACGUCAUCGCCGUCGCCGUCGAGCAACGCAACCACGGCUCGCGGCUCCUGAGCGACCUGCAGAAUGAAUCCUGGAAGGCCGGCAACGACCGGCACUGCUACGAUAUGUGGGCGAUCCAAUACGGCACCGCCUGCGACCUCUCCUAUCUCAUCGACGUCCUUCCGUUCUUCCUGCCGCCCGAGACGGGGGCCAUCUGGCGUUGGAUCGUCGUCGGUGUUAGUCUCGGCGGUCACUCGACCCUCCUUGCCAUGGCCAAAGAUGAACGCAUCAAGAUCGGUAUCAGCAUUAUUGGGUGCGGCGACUACAGCAGCCUCAUGAACUACCGAGCCAAGCGGCAGCCCGUCUUUGUUGAGAGCCUCCGUCGCCACGAUCCGGUGCAUUUGCCAUUGCAGUUCAAGGGCCGAAGCUUGCUCCUGCUCCACGGCGGUGACGACAAGCUCGUGCCGAGCAGCUGCAGCCAGGGAUUCGUGCAGGAGCUCCGGUCCAAGGUCUAUACUCGAGCCGGACCGCAGGAAGAAGGUGUGGCGGUCUUGGCCGACGAUGCCGCCACCGGCAGACUCAAAUGGAUCGUUGAGCCGGGCGUGGGACACACUUGCAGCCCCUUCAUGGAGGAGCAGAGCCAGCAAUGGCUGUGGUCCAGCCUGUAACGACCAGCCGCCAGCGCCUCCGAAAUGAAAGUUGCUGAACUGCAGGCCACCGGGCUGGGCAGCCCCCCAUCGUCCACAGAUCUCCACCGUGUCCUUGCACCUUGACGUCGCCGAGAGUGUGCGCUGCAGGGUGCUCCGGCAGCCC